GCCUCAAUGAAGCAGUCUAAUCAAAGGCCAAAGGUUACUGGAAGUAUGGCGGAGUUUGGGAGCUCAGAAAGUGAAGAAAGCAACAGUUUUGUACCUCAAGAUGUCCGGGAAUACGCCAAGAAGGAGUACUGGGACCGGCGGUACGAGGAAGAGGACUCCUUCGAGUGGUUCAAAGGCUAUGAAUCCUUCCGUCAUCUGGUUCUUGAAAGCAUUAAGAAAACGGACAAAAUCUUGAUGCUGGGUUGUGGUAACAGCCCCCUGAGCGCAGACAUGUAUCGCGACGGUUUUCACCACAUCACGAACAUGGACUACUCCUCCACGUGCAUCCGACACAUGAGACACAAACACGCCGACAUGGCGGCCAUGACGUGGCUGGAGAUGGACGCGCGACAGCUGACCUUCCCGGACGGAGCGUUUGACGUUGUUCUGGAGAAAGGGACGCUGGACGCCUUCAUGGUGGUGGAGAAAAGCCCCUGGACAGUUUCUGAGGAAACUGCUCAGUUCUGUGAUCAGGUUUUACAAGAGGUAUCACGAGUCCUGUGCCCGGGAGGACGGUUCAUCUCCAUCAGUUUCGCCCAGCCUCACUUCCGUACCCCGCUGUACGCCGACGACAAGUACGGCUGGUCCGUACGGACGGACAAGUUCGGCGACGGUUUCCACUACUUCUUCUACACGAUGGAGCGCGGCGGGACGUUAACCCAGCAGCAGAGGGACCAGGCUCACAGCUUCUUCCACCCACCAGAGUGGGACAUGACUCCAGUGUAUCACCCUGAUUCUGACGACUUCUUGAGGAGGAUAGACACCUCCGUCUUCUCGUUCCAAGACAGUUGAGUGAUUUGGAGGAGUUACCUGUGACAACAGGAGUUUCUGUUCCUUGACUUGUGGAAGAAAACUCGGGACUGAUAAAAUCUGGUCUACGUGGACUGGUGGCCACUCCAGACAGGAUUCUUAAUGCUAGUGUCAGUGGGAAAAAUUAUUUAAGGGACCAACAAAAGGUGGUCACAUACAUGGUGAUCCUUAUGUAGAGGUGUUCACUAAGUAAAGGUUUGACUAUUUAUAUCAAUGACCAGGUGGUCCUGUACAGGUUUGACCUUAUCUGUUAGAAUUCUAACUGAACCUGUUUUUUGGAAGGGAUAUGAAAUGAUUGGUGUUCAUAUUUUGUGCAAUAAAUUAAACAUUCAUA